AUGGGCGUGGGGCUGCAGCCGCUGGAGUUCACCGAGUGCCUGGCGGACAGCCCGCAUUUCCGUGAAAACUUACAACGCCACGAGAAAGAACUCGAGAGAACUAGUCAACAGAUCAAACGACUUAUCAAAGAAGUUAAGGAUGUUGUGCAGGCUGCUAAACGGCUGGGCGCGGCGCAGCUGGCCCUGGCCAGCAGCAUGGAGCAGUUCGAGUUCGCGUGCAUCGGCGCCUCUAUGACGGAGGACGAGCGCGCCAUCGGCCGCUCGCUGCAGCACUUCGCCCACCUCAUACGGACCGUGGAGGACGAGCGCGAGAGAAUGCUAGGACGCGCUCACGAGCAAAUCAUUCAGCCCCUGGAGCGAUUCCGCAAGGAGCAUAUUGGUGCUGUUAAGGAGGGGAAGAAGAAGUUCGACAAGAAGACUGCCAAAUUCUGCCAAAGUCAGGAGCGGACGCUCUCGCUCUCCACAAAGAAGCCCGAGGCCGUGUUUCAAGAGGCGGACGCCGCAAUGGACAUGGCGGAGCGCGACUUCUGCCAGGCGUCGCUCGAGUACGUUUUCCAGCUGCAGGCGGUACAGGAGCGCAAGAAGUUCGAGCUGGUCGAAACGCUGCUGGGCUUCGUGUUCGGCUGGUGGACCUUCCACCACACGGCUCACGACGUGCACGCGGACGCCGAGCCCCUAGUGCGGGACCUGCAGCUGCGAAUACAGCGGACGCGGAGCAACUUCGAGGAGACGAGCAAACAGACCGAGUCGCUCAUGAAGAAAAUGAUGGAGGUGCGACAGAUGCAUAAAGAGGAGGAGAUAUCGGAGGAGGGCGGUGGCGUAUCGCGCGCUGGAUACCUGUUCCUAAUGGAGAAGAAGGCGUUCGGCACGACGUGGAGCAAGCAGUACUGCUCGUACGAGAAGGAGUCGCGGAUGCUGUCGCUGAUGCCGUACAACCAGAUCAACGUGAAGACGAGCGGGCCGGCGGAGUGCGUGUGCGUGUGCGGCGGGCGCGCCUCCUGCGAGGCGGAGCGGCGCUUCUGCUGGGAGGCCGUGCCGGCGGAGCGGGAGCGCGCGCCGCUCACGCUGCAGGCGCUCGGCGAGCGCGACCGCAACGCCUGGCUGCGCGCGCUCGACGCCGCGCCCGCCCCUCCCGCGCCCCUCCCGCCCCACCCGCCCCACCCGCCCCUCCCGCGCCCAGACGACGCCGUGUGCGCGCUCGACGAGGCGGGCUUCGCCUUCGUACGCCGCCUCAUCGCCGUGCUGGAGGCGAGGGGCCUCGAGGAGCAGGGCCUCUACAGGGUGGCGGGCGUGGCGUCGAAGGUGGCGCGGCUGGUGGCGGCAGCACGGGGCGGCGUGCCGGCCGAGCUGGCCGAGCCGGCCGACUGCGAGAGCAAGACGCUCACCUCGGCCCUCAAGAGCUACCUGCGCGCGCUGCCCGAGCCGCUGCUCACCAGGCGCCUGCACGACCAGUUCCUCGCCGCCGCCAAGCGCGAGCGGCGCGAGGAGCGCGUGGCGGCGCUGCACGCGCUGCUGCUGGCGCUGCCGCCCGACAACCGCCGCAUGCUGCGCCUGGUGCUGCGACACCUGCGCAACGUGGCGGCGAAGAGCGAGAAGAACCUGAUGACGGCGUCCAACCUGGCGGUGUGCUUCGGGCCCACGCUGCUGCGCCCCGAGCGCGAGACGGUCGCCUCCAUCCUGGAGCUCAAGUUCUGCAACGUGCUGGUCGAGACGCUGCUCGAGCACUGCGACGCCCUCUUCGACCCGGCGCCGCCCCCCGCCCUCGCCGCCCCCCAAGCGCCCCACGCCCCCCAAGCGCCCCACGCCCCGCUCAGGGCGCCCCACAACGGCCUGCUCAGAACUUCUCCGACAUCGCUUCCUGUGACAGCGCGCACUGACGUUAUGUCCGGCGCGACGUACGCCCCCCACCAGCAGUCGCUGCUGCAGCACUUCGCGCCCUCGCACGCCCUGAUGCCCGCCCACAUCGCGCACCGACCCGCGGCGGGCCGCUGCAGCAGUAGUUCCGAAUCCGUGUCCAGCCACAGCGCGUCACCACCACCCCCGAGAUAUACGCGGGUGCGCACGCUGUACGCGUGCCUGGGCGAGAGCGAGGGCGAGCUCUCGUUCGAGCCGAACCAGAUCAUCACGAACGUGGCGCCCUCCGGGGAGCCGGGCUGGCUGCGCGGCUCGCUCGACGGCCGCAGCGGCCUCGUGCCCGAGAACUACGUCGAGCCGCUGCCC